AGUCUGACCCAAUGUUGUAUUUCUGCAGUCUCUAGAUUUUUUUUUGCAUGAUAACGACUCGUGCAUUUUACCACUGAAAAAUAAAAAUCUAGACGCAACGCGCAUCAAAUGUACACUUUCUCAUCUGAGAUAUCUUUUUUUGUUCAUGCUGCGUCAUCACACUUUUUUUGGACUGAUAAAUUUUUUUUGUACCUGUUUGCUGCAAUACAUUUUUUUUCAUAGAACCCCAAUUUUUUUUAAGAUUCUUACCUUUUUUUUGUUUGUAGUAAACAGGUUUAAUAACAAAAAAAGACAAGGAUAGAAGGAUAGAAGGAUAGCCAAGAGGGUGCAAGUUCAACG